GAGAACGCAGCCUGAGUGUGGACGUGGGGGGAAAACGAGGAAAGGGUUGGGCUUACCGAGUCACAUAUCACAACUUGAGUUGCGCCUUGGUCAUAAACCAAUUUGGUGGGGGGAAAAAGAGCCUCAUGUGUGGCCACCUACAGAGCCGCAAAAGAAAGACUUGCCCGUGCAUCCACCGCCGCUGUGUGCACGCAUCACCGCGGAAGCAUCGGGAGACAAGCACGUUUGCUUUUGCGCUUUUGGACUGGACCGGUUUGGUUUCGCUGGGAAAUGAUGGCCACUUACCAAAGCCCGGACGAUGACGCAGUGGCAUUGAUGAUCCACGAUAGCAACACCGCGAAGGAGAAAGAGCGACCCAAAGAAGAGCCGGUCCAGGAAAAAGUCGCGGAGAAGCCGGAUCCGUCUCAGAAGCCUCCGUACUCCUAUGUGGCCCUCAUCGCCAUGGCCAUCCGGGAGAGCUCCGAGAAGCGUCUCACCCUUUCUGGUAUUUACCAGUACAUCAUCAGCAAAUUUCCAUUCUAUGAGAAAAACAAAAAAGGCUGGCAGAACAGCAUCCGGCACAACCUGAGUCUCAACGAAUGCUUCAUCAAAGUUCCGCGGGAAGGUGGCGGGGAAAGGAAGGGCAACUACUGGACUCUUGACCCGGCUUGCGAGGACAUGUUCGAGAAGGGCAACUACCGGAGGCGCCGCCGAAUGAAGCGACCCUUCAGGCCGCCACCCACGCACUUCCAGCCGGGGAAGUCCUUGUUCGGAGGGGACGGAUACGGCUACCUGUCCCCACCCAAGUACCUGCAGUCCAGCUUCAUGAAUAACUCGUGGUCGCUGGGCCAACCGCCCACCCCGAUGCCGUACACUUCCUGUCAGAUGGCCAGCGGCAACGUGAGCCCGGUCAAGGCUCUGUCCGCCCCUGCCUCCUACAACCCCUACUCGCGGGUGCAGAGCAUGGCGCUCCCGGGUAUGGUGAACUCUUACAACGGCAUGAGCCACCAUCACCACCCGGCCCACCCGCACCACUCUCAGCAGCUGAGCCCAGCCACCGCCACGCCGCCCCCGGUCUCGUCCGGUAACGGAGCCGGGCUUCAGUUCGCUUGCUCCCGCCAGCCGGCGGAGCUGUCUAUGAUGCACUGCUCGUACUGGGAACACGAGAGCAAACACUCGGCCUUGCAUACGAGGAUUGAUAUCUAAACGUAACCCGUGUACAAAUGCGAACUGACUCUUCGGAGAGAUACCUGGUGUCGUUUCCUGUGAUUUUGAUCGUGAUGGGGUUUUUUUUUUGGACACCGAGUUUGGUUGCAAGUUUUUUUUUUUUUUUUGGACACCGAGUUUGGUUGCAGCCAGUGGAGGUGCCGAUGUUGAGAAACCGGAGUCCGGGUGUAUACAGGGUCGCCAGGGCGCAUCAGGUAGCGCAACAUUUGUAAUUGGACUGCCUGUGUAUGAUUUUGUUGUGUCAACUCAUUUAUAUUUCGACCGAGAAAUGAUUGUGGAACUGUGACAAUGCGUACUUCUCAACUUUACGCACGGCUUGACCAACAUCCAAGCUAAAAUCUAGAAUUGAAUCUCAACUUCAGCCUUCUAAAAACUUUGACCGAACCGGCCUUUCAUGGUUGUAAGUCUUUAGUUCAAAAAA